AUACGACUGCUAACCAUAGCAUCAGGGUGCGCUAAUGUCGUACAAUUGGUAUCAUUUAUAAUAAUAAUCUACAAUUUAGUCCAAAAUGUUGAGCCCAUAUCCAGUCGCCGGGCGAUUGGCAACGAAUUGCCGCUAUUUUUCAGUAUAACUGUCUAUACCUUCGAAGGCAUUACUUCUUCUAUGCCACUAUACCGAGCCGUUAGGAACAAGCACAAUUUCUCUAAAUUAUUUGGCGUAGUCAACGGUGCCAUAUUAAUAGCCAUAUCACUGUAUAUCGCAAUAGGGCUGUUAGGUUACCUAAAAUACGGCGAUGAGGUUGAAAGUGUGAUCACCCUAUCCCUGCCCAAUGAGCCGGUCUAUGAUAGCGUGCUAUUAAUGUACUCAUUGGCGGUCACCGUCUCAUAUCCGGUUCAGAUGUACGUCGCUAUACAACAACUGUGGCCUAGGAUUGAGUCCCGACUCCAGGCCCACAAAAUGGACUCAAAUUAUAUCAACGCUUCAAACUAUAUCUUACGGACAGUUUUGGUUAUCAUAACAUUUGGCCUAGCUGCAUUCAUACCGCGACUGGAUUUAAUUAUAGCGCUAGUGGGCGCGGUAUCCAGCAGUUUUAUCGCGAUUAUUAUACCACCUGUGCUGCACACUAUCAUUUACUGGGAAAGGGAUAUUAGUAAACAAAGAAAACGUGUGAUAUAUACAAGAAAUCUGAUUGUGUUUAUUGUGGGAAUUCUUGGAUUUGCAACAGGAACAUAUUUUAAAAUCUUA